AUGAGAGGAGCAAAUUUACUUUAUUCAUUUUACGUCGCCAUUUCGGCGCAAUCGAACAAAAACUAUGUUCGAUUUCCGGCGAUUGGAGACUGGGGAGGAUCAGAUUAUAUCAUCUUUCCUGAUGGAAAUACGUUCACUCAAGAAUAUGGGGCUGCAUCGAUGGAUCGACUUUGCGGCGAAAAAACAUGUGAUUUUUUGCUCUCCUUGGGCGACAAUUUCUACACAGAAGGAGUAAAAGACAUAGAUGACACCAGAUUUCAUUUCACCUACGAGCUUGUUUACGGAAAAGCAUCAGAACGAGAAGUUCUCAAAACGCUUGACUUUUACCAAUGUCUUGGCAAUCAUGAUCACCGAGACAACGCUACUGCUCAGGUUCUCUAUUCGAAUUUGAUGGAAACGACGUUCAAAAUUCCAGAUCUAUGGUACUCCUUCACGAUCGAAAAAGAAAGCUUUUCGUUCAAAAUGAUCAUGAUCGACACAAUGGUGAUGAUGAACUCUCGCGAAACUCAUCAACUCCCGGGCUAUCCCGAUCGGGACUACCGGGCUGAACAGAAUGCUUGGCUAGAGGAAGAGCUGGCUAAUAGCGAUGCUGAUUAUCUGAUCGUUUCUGGACAUCAUCCGGUUUACAGUGUUUCUACUCAUGGGCCGACAUCUGCUCUUGUUGAAACUCUUCAGCCGCUGCUGGAAAAGUACCACGUAGACGCGUAUUUAUGCGGGCACGACCAUAACAUGCAACACUGGUUCCACAAGCGUACACAUUAUUUCAUCUCUGGAAUGGGCGAAAUUCCGAAUCCGACGCUGCGAAACAUGAACCAUCCCUUGAAUCCAGCAGAAGCAUUUGAUUAUUUUACCAUUUUGAAACCGAUUCAAGAAGAGUUGCUUGGAAUUCUGGAAUGUUUUUCAAGAAUUUUUUUAAUCAACUGA